AUGGUCGUCCGUUUCGAGAUCGACGCCUGCCUCAGCACCAGCCAAACAGACGCCCUGUCGCAGAGCGACGAGCUCACGUCGAAAAUGACCGGCCUCAGCGUCGCACCGCCAACAAGCAUGAGUGUGCACGGCAUCCGCGUCCUGAAAGGCGACCUCCCCGCGGUCCCGCACGUGUCGCUGAUCGAGCUCAGCACCCGCAUCGCCAGCCGCGUCGGCGCAUUCGGCGUCGAGACGUACCUCCAGCUCUUAUUCUCGCAGAAACCGCGCCACUUCUCGGCGUGCAUGACUACGGCAAGUUCAAGAGCGUGCAGAAGAAGCGGAUCGUCGCUAGACAUCGUCGUUGCACGUGGGAAUGACGCGAGGCUGACCUUGGUUUUCCGGGACGGGAACCUGGCCGUGUAUGAGCGGGAGGAUAAGAGUAGCUGUUUGCCGGAUGACGUCAUGUUUCGUUUUGAGAAACGAAUAACUGAUGAUCGCCGAUCAGUAGUCUUUGCCGACUUGACUCGCCUGCGCUUGACGCAUUGGUUUUUCUUCCGUUCCAUGUCGCAAACGCAAGGCAUCGAGCUCAGCACUCGUGCGACAUCCGCAGUAGCACACUCGGAAUCCUCCCAGGUCGCUCUGAAUGAGCAGGUUGCGGCGGACGCUCCGGUUCCGGACGGGGGUUACGGAUGGGUCGUGGUAGCAAGCUGUGCGGUCAUCACUGGGGCCGCACUCGUUCAGCAGGGUCUCGGGUCCUCUUCCACCAUUUCAUUCGUCGGGUCCACUGCCGUGGCUUGUAUAUCCGGUCUAGCCAUCAUCAACGCGCGUGUCAUUCGCUUGCUCGGCACACAGCGCACGGCCCUCCUGGGAAUCACAAUCAUCGGCCUCGGCCAGAUUCUCAGCGGGUUCGCCACCAAAAAUAUCGGCGCUUUGUUCGUUACUACGGGGGUGAUUAAUGGAAUCGGAAUCAGUCUUUGCUUUAUGGUCGUCUCUAUCACUCCCGGGCAAUACUUCCAGAAAAAGCGGGGUCUCGCCAACGGGAUCGUCUACGCAGGCGGAGGACUCGGCGGCGCAGUCACCUCCUUUCUCAUCGACGCGCUGCUGAGCUCCCUCGGCCCCGCCUGGACCUUCCACAUCCUCGGCAUUCUGACGCUCACGACAGGCCUGCCCGCGGCGUGGUUCGUGAAAGAGCGCACGCGGAUCCGCACCAACACGUUCAUCGACUGGGCGCUCUUCCGCGACCCGCGCUUCAUCACGCUCUUCCUCGCCGGCGCGGUCGGCACCUUCCCGCUCUUCGUCCCGCCGUUCUUCCUCCCGCUCUACGCGAACUCCCUCCGCCUCCCCGCGCGCACGGGCGCCGCGCUCCUCGCCGGAUUCAACUCCGCGUCCGCGGCCGGCCGCCUCGGCGCGGGCUUCGCGGCGGACAGGGUCGGCCCGGUGAACGUGCUGUUUGCGGCGCUGCUCCUCAGCGCGGUGAGCAUGCUCGCGAUCUGGCCCGUCUCGACGGCGCUCGCGCCGCUGGCCAUGUUUGUGGUGAUAAACGGCGCGGCGAACGGCGGGUUCUUCUCGACGAUGCCGACGGUCGUUGGGACGGUGUUUGGCGUCGGCCGGGUGAGUGUGGCGAUGGGCAUGAUCGCGACUGGUUGGGUCGGCGGGUAUCUUAUGGGAGCACCGAUCGCGGGGUACAUCCUCAACGCAUACGGAGGCGCCGACAGCACGUUAUCCGCGUACCAUCCGGCGAUGUUCUAUGCGGGAUCCAUGGCUGCAGCAGCCGCGGGUCUCGUCCUAUUGGUCAGAUUCAAAAUCAGCACCGACGUGCUCAGUAGAGUUUAGAAAGAAGAUUUCCCAUCGAGUUCAUCCCCAGUUCAGCUGGGUGCAGCCCAACUCAGCUGAGUGAUAUCAAACCGGCCGACCCGGGCCGGCAGUAAGUGUUGAAACAUCCGACGCUAAACAUGAUGAGGCGGAGGGGACUUUUGAUUCCAGCUGUCUUUCAAAGGGCGAACUACACCAAAUCAAGACAUAUUUCGCCCUGGAUUCAAAAUUGUAUAGACAAAUGCGCUCGUCUCACAUUUUCUGGAAUUGAGCCGUGUACCUCCACCGUACGACGACUCAAAGUCGGGCGCCGAAAUAUGUCGCUCUUCGAAAGAUGCAAUCAACAGUUGAAAUUAGCAGCCCCAUCGGGUAUCUACUUGAUAGAAGGCUGCCUCGCAGAUCUUGCGAAGAUGAUUGAAACUGUUUUCCAGACAGCCAACGAUGUCUAGCCCAGCUCUCCUCAUCCUGCCCUUCGUUCUUUUUUUCUUCCCCUCCACUGUAGCGCGGAACAUGACCAUCGACGACACCGACACGCGUUACUUCACCUGGACCGAGCCCGACGUCUUCCCGCGCCCGCUCCCCGCCUGGGCCGCCGUGAGCCCGUCCUCGCC